AAAAUUGAGAAUGCCCUACGUUUUUAUCUAUAAAUUGAGCUCUACAUGUCUCAUAAGUUUCUUACAUCACAAAUACCCUUCCUCUCUUAUAAUUAAGAAUUGCUUCAACUAGUAUAUGCCAAUGAAGAGUCUCUCAUUUCUUGCAAGUCUAUCUCUCUUGGCUAUAACACUUCCAUUAGCCAUUUCUGAUCCAAGAAACGUUCAAGACUUCUGUGUCGGCGUAAACAGCUCAGCCAAUGGUGUGUUUGUGAACGGAAAGUUUUGCAAAGACCCAAAGCUCGCCACAGCAGAUGACUUCUUUUUCACAGGGCUCGCGGCAGGAGAGCCAACCGAUCAGGACCGAGCAAACAUCAGUUUAGUCUCUGCUGAUAAUUUUAUGGCUUUAAAUACCCUUGGAAUUUCAUUUGCCCGUGCAGAUUAUGCAGUGAACGGGGUGGAACCGCCUCACACCCAUCCACGUGCCAGCGAGUUCUUGGUUGUCACAGAAGGAACACUUGCGGUGGGUUUUGUCACGGCAGACCAAGAUGGAAACCGUCUCUUCUCAAAAACACUCCACCCAGGUGAUGUAUUUUUGUUUCCAGAGGGACUCAUCCAUUACCAAGCCAACAUUGGAAACGUCCCAGCAAUUGCAUUCACUGCUUUGAACAGCCAAAACCCAGGUCUUAGCACUACUGCUAACGCCGUGUUUGGGUGUAACCCGCCGAUAGACCCGGAUAUUCUUGCAAGGGCAUUCAAGUUGGAUCGUAGUAUUGUCGUGGAUCUACAGAAGAAAUUUACGACUCCUUCUUUUAGCGCUGUCUGAAUACGGGUGUCAUGUAUUAUCCAUCCCUACAUCAAUAAAGUUACAUCAGUAAUAACAAUAAAUAAGGGACAUGUAUCCAUCCGUACAUCAAUAAAGUGACAUCAGUAAGGAUAAUGUAUUUUCUUUUCUUUUUUUGUUAAAGCAUGUUUCAUUUUCUGCAGCAUUUAAAGUGUUCUUAUAUCUACGUAGUUUCAAACUAAGCAAUAGUAAUUUUAGAACCAUCAAGACUA